GAGCAUGCUCAACUUCACGUGCCUAGAAGCAAUUUAUUACGCGCUGCAUAUCCACAUUUCACAGCGCUGAAACAAGUUAUUUUUGUAACAAAAAUUCAUUCCAACAAGAAACAUUUUUCCGCCACACCACUUUCCAUUAAGACCGUCGUGGAACAACGUAUGAUACACCGCAAUGUUGCCCGCUAAAGUACUGCGUUCGCGAUUACUGGCACUGGUUAAACGCGCAGAAAAUGAUUGUGCUCGAAAUUUGAGUAGCGGAUGCUCCGUCAGCGAUACGGAACCGGAUGGACCGUGUAUUAAAACGGCCGUUCCCGGGCCGAAAUCACGCGAACUCCGCAAAUCAUUGGCAACAAUCCAGAAUGCCGAAACGGUGCAAUUUUUUGCGGAUUACGAGAAAAGCCGCGGUAAUUACAUAGCGGAUGCCGAUGGGAAUUUGUUGCUGGAUGUGUAUAUGCAAAUCUCCACAAUCGCUCUCGGCUAUAAUCAUCCCGAGUUGAAGAAAGUUGCUCAAAGUCCGGAAUUUCAGGCGAUGUGUAUUAACCGGCCGGCGCUCGGAACUACACCGCCAACCAGUCUAGUCCAGAGGCUACACGAUACGCUGCUUUCGGUGGCUCCCAAAGGUUUACAUCAUGUUCACACGAUGGCAUGCGGAUCGUGUGCCAACGAAAACGCUUUCAAGACCAUCUUCAUGUGGUACAAUAAUAAGCUGCGUGACGGAAAACCGUAUACGGAGGAGGAGCUUGAACAAUCUCUAGAAAACAAAGGCCCGGCGUGUCCACCGCUCACCAUGCUGGCUUUCCAGGGCGGAUUCCAUGGGCGAACAUUCGGCUGCCUGGCGGCAUCGCAUUCCCGCUCCUACUAUAAACGCGACAUCCCUACAUUAGACUGGCCGACGUCGCCCUUCCCGCGCUACAAAUACCCUGUAGCACUGCAUGCCGAAGCCAACCGCCGUGAGGAUCAGCGAUGUCUGGCGCGUGUGCAGGAACUGUUUGCCGAGUACAUUGGGCAGGGUCAGCCGGUGGCUGGAGUGGUCGUCGAGCCGAUUCAAGCCGAAGGCGGGGAUAAUCACGCUUCGGCGGAAUUCUUCCAGCAACUGCAGUAUAUUACCAAAAAGAAUGGGGCGGCGCUAAUGUUCGAUGAAGUGCACACAGGUGGCGGUUCCACCGGCAGCAUGUGGAUGCACGAACAGUUCAAUCUGGACACGCCAGCCGAUGUGGUGUCGUUCAGCAAGAAGUUCAUGACUGGUGGCUACUUCUACCACAAAGAUCUCUACGUUCAAGAAGGCUUUAAGAUAUUCAAUACGUGGAUGGGCGAUCCAACCAAAUUAAUUCUACUGGAGAAAGCGCUGGAAGUUAUCCGCCGGGAUGACCUUUUAACCACCGUUGAACAGUCUGCGAAAAUUCUUGAAAAAGGGCUGCAAACCUUGCAGGAAAAGUAUCCAGAAUUCAUAAGGAACAGUCGUGGAAGCGGCACACUUCGAGCGUUCGAUCUGCCGGAUGCGGAAACAACAGCACGAUUUGUUAAGGAAAUGCGCAACAGCGGAGUACAAAUCGGCACUUCCGGUCCCACAACCAUCCGUAUCCGCCCGGCGCUCAUUUUCCAGCCGAAGCACGCCCAGCUCUUCCUGGAUACAGUGGAUGAGGUGUUGCGGUUGCACAUGUUCCGCCAGACCGCGAACGGGAAGCUAAAGUUUUGCACAUACCACAGCGCCCAUCACAUCUGCGACGAAAUGGUCACCCGCGUACAUUCUGCGCCAAAAGCUAAAGCACACAAUUAAGAGAGGGCGGCGCAUCGGCAGUAACCGUCCGCCAAUUCAGCGAAUAAUUAUGGAAGGUUGUCAUAAACCUGCAAAAUGCUCAACUUACCGAUUUGCAUGCUCGAAUUUUCACCAACGUCGGAUUCCGAGCUCUUGAUUUUUAAUACUCAAUUAUUUUCAGCUUUUCGAUUAUUCGAAGCAUUAGACUGAAUACUUACAAGAAAAUUUUUUAUCUAUUUUUAUAAGCAGGUUGACAUGUUCUUGCAAACACGGAGCGAACACAGCAAUAAAAUGCUAACAGAA